AUGCUACGAACCGUUUCGGGCAACGGCAGUGGUUUUUUCAACAAUUUCAUCCAACGAUCAAUGCCUCAUCGUCAGGUAGCCGAAAUUCAACUGCAAGCAUUGAUCAACGAUCCUGAAGAAUCUAUGCCUGCAUAUGCACGUAGAGCCAGUGAUCAUUUGUCGACUACUGACGAACUAUCAAUUGAACAAGUCUCCAAAUUGCUCAAUACUCAACCGUUUAUUAUUGAACGACUCAUGCACGCAUUGAGUGCAUCGACGGAAGGUGAAAAUAUCACUUCGCUAAAAAAGAACGACGUACGAAAAUUGACCCAAGUUCUGAAUGGAACGAUGAACGUGCGGGCUCUUCUCUUUUUUAUGAUGCUAGACGAAAAUGGCGAUCAUUAUGUGAGCGCCGAUGAAUUGUCCAAUUUUUACGAACGCUACUUGAAAGAUAUUCGAUCGUUCGAUAGUGAUCGUUUGAGCGAAAUUGUUCCAGUACUUUUACAAAAGUUCUGUCUUCAUACAGUAAGAUUAUUGUUUUUUCUUCUUAGCAGGAGUUUUCCUUUUUGAUUCUUGUAGAAAUCACGAAUCGAUUUUGAAGAAUUCUAUUUGAUUGUUCUCAAAGACCAGACUCUACUCGCAUCACUCUCACAAUUUACCGUUCAUCCAACUUGGUUUAUAAGUCCAGAUCCGGCUUCACGGAAACAGAAUCUUAUCCAACGCUUUCUUACCAACCUUUGCUGGAAACAAUCGAUAUACGAACAGCACAGAUCAAAAUUAACAAUGGAUUAUUUACACGAUAAUCUCGCACGUGUCAUUUGGCUCACUCUCUACAUUCUACUAAAUUUUGCUUUUUUUAUUCCUCUACGUUGUUAUUUACCGUUCGACAGUUACCAAAUCGAAUGUACUCGAAGUUAUUGCACGCAUCGGAGGCAUGUUACUCAAUUUAAAUUGCACCUUGGUGAUUGUUCUCAUGUUCAAACGUACGAUUUUACUUAUUCGUUCAAAUGAAGUCCUACGUACAUUACAGUUUCAGCAAAUUUAUUUACCACUGAUAUUGAACGACAAAUCCAAAUUUAUGAAAAUACACUGUACGAGUCAGAAUUCACUGUAUUUGUAUGUAGUGGUAGUGUUCAAGUUUGGAGAAUAAAAGGAGAGGAGUACAGACGCGGUUGCAUGGCACCAACGAAUUAUGAAAAGAUGCUAUAAAGUCAUGGUUAUGAUUGAAAAUAUCAGCGAACUAAAUGAAAUAUUAUCAAUUUUUUCUCUGUUGGAAUACGACAUUUUGAAUGCGCUUUCAGCUCGUUUUUCAGAGCUUUUCAUAGGAUAUGAACUGCAGGACUGGAAAUUUUCAGAAACUGGCUCUGGACUGCACUGUAAUGCUUAAAUUUUAAACUAAAGAAGAAAACUUUGUCUUCUGCUAAUAACAAUAGUGAUUGUGUUGGAAGAACGAAAUGACAACGGCAGUCGCUGGACAGCGGUAAUCAAAAGAGAAAAUUUUCUCUCGUCCACUUCGUUCGUCUAUUCUGCGGUCAUUAUACAUUCUACGUCAAGUAAAUUCAAACAUAUUUGUUUACGAAGGCAUCACUAAAUUCACAUAUGAACUAUUGAACAAAGAACGUAAAUUGGAAGGAGACAAAAAGAAUAUUAACAUUAUUAUAUACAACGGUCGUCUCUUUCACCGUCAACUGGAUGACACAUUUUCAAUUGUCAAAUAGUGAUGUUAGGUACGUUUAUUCAAAUAGUAGUUGUGGCUUGAUAUUCAGAUAUAUUUACUUGUUGAAAAAACCACUGCCGUUGCCCGAAACGGUUCGUAGCAUAGCUGAGAAGGCUGGAGCCGACUGAUGGCUAGUUUUGUGUUUGAGAAGACGAGAUGGUGGUUGCUUUUGU